AUGGCUUCGGGGUCAACAAGCUCGAUACUAAAAACAGACAAGGAGGAAAUCGUGACUCUACAUGAAAUGUCUGGGUGUCUCGUUACUCUACAUUCUGGCACUAUGGUUAUCAAGCAAGGGAGACGAAUACAUCUUGAUGAGCGACCGGCACUGGAACUUGCCGCAAAGCAUGGCCUUCCUGUCCCACACGUAUAUGGUGCGGGCGAGAUUGAUGGAGGCGCUUUCAUUAAAAUGGACUAUAUCGAGGGAGAUAGUCUUGACCAGGUUUGGCACGAAAUGACAGUGGAGGAGAGAGGCAGCAUCUGCCAACAACUACGGGAUAUCCUCACAACAAUGCGAUCCAUACCUUGGAAGACUAAACUGAUUGGAUCCUGCGCUGGUGGGAAAGCACGAGACUGCCGCCGAUACACCGACUACAGCGGCGGACCGUUCAAAGACGAGACCGAGUUCAACUCGUCGUUCUAUUUUGACCUCUUGGAAAACACUCCAAGCCCAAUUCGCAGAGCACUGCAUCAGCAGAUUUGCAAUGAUCAUCGCAUCGUCUUCUCACAUGGUGACAUUGCACAGCACAAUAUCUUGGUUAAAGAUGGUGAGAUAACAGGGCUGCUGGAUUGGGAGAACGCAGGAUGGUAUCCAGAACACUGGGACUACAUCAAAUUUUUCGAACGCCCGUGCAAGCAUAGGAGCUGGAAAGAUUCUGCGAAUGAUAUAUUCCCUGAGGUGUACGAUAACGAACUUGCGUACCACCAAGCUAUAAUGCGAUGGCAAAGACCUUGA